CCUCGAUUCAACAACGUAAAUAGUUUCUCCUUUUUUUUUUCUAGAAAACUUUACUACCUCUAUAAUCGAGGGUUUCGAAGAUAUUUUUAUUUCUGUCUUUUGGUAAAAAGUUGUAGAAAUUCACGUACUGACUGUGAAGAAUGGGCUGCAGAAGGAUUCUGUGAAUCAACGUUAUAUACGACAAAACAAAAAAAAACACUGUGUGCCAGAUCCUGUGAUCUUUGUGAUAAAUAA